GCUGUCGUUCGUUUCCAUCACUGUAUGUACUGUGUAACAACUUCUGGGGACUCCCCAGAUCGACCGCGGAUUCUAGACCGGACUGCCGCCGGAAGGGGCCAUUACCUGGCUGUUGCUUUCUCAAACCAAAACUUCCAAAGGAACUUCAAUCAAACCGUUCCCCCCAACAGUCAGGGCACCUACCCAGCACCAAUUAUCUCGAGUCAAACAUAGCACGCUGGGCAGAGAAACCAUGUAUGUGGUAGAUAUUCGCACGCAGCCCUCGCACGACCGUUUGGGCGACCACAUCUCCGGAACUCGAUGCAGUUUGAGGCCUCAAGGAACACACGAGCGGCCUUAGUCGAUGGGUUCAAUGUGUGUGUUUCCAAGCGAUCAAUCUACGCCAUCUCGCGUGGGACCAUGUACGGAGUACAGCCACGGCCCAGUCUGGCGGGAUUCGACGCUAUCGACGUUAAGCUUAGCUUUUCCCGCUUCUCCAGGUUCUGGGCUUCGGAUGUGUCCCUACCCUUCCCCGGAUCAGCUCCCCCCAUCAAUUAUCAUAGCAGGACGGGUUCUCGAUCGUGGGCAAUCAUCAGUCGUGGAUAACGACAUUGUUUUGCUGGAUCAAUGACCAUUUGGGCAAGAGUUCGCCGAAGCUGCCAUGGACAACAACAGACUUUCGCUCGGAUGGCGCCAAAAAAUGACCACCCCCGCGAAACAAGAUGAGGCAUUUCAUUUGCCAAGAGAAGACGCCCAUGGUCGGCCUUGUAAGCUCGGAACCCGUUGACACAAGCCGUGAACGCUUUCCGUACGGCGCAGAGCACCAACCCCGCCAGGCCAAGUCGCAAAGAGAGGACUUCCGAAACCCCCUUUCCGAUAGUCGAUGAUUCCAGAUCCGAUGGAGAAAAGUACGCCGUCGCAAUGAGGAAUUUGGCGCCUUCUUAUACCACCGGUCGUUCCGAGCUAGCGAAAUACUCAACAGUUCAUUGACCUGUUGCGGAUUCAGGAAUGAACAUGUUCUGGCGGACUUUCCGAGAAGCGGAUUUCCCGGAUUUCAGAGCGGUCUUCACUGCAAGCAGAAGUCAGCAAAGCGCCUCAACAAGCCAAAGAUCAGCUGGUCACAGCAUCCGAACACCAAAAGCAAAGUUGGAGAAAUGCAAGUUGGGGGUCGACCUGUCGAAAGCAAGAGGGGCAGGGGGACAGCAACGUGGUGUCCCAGCCUAUUCACAACCACGGACGACUAGACAAUGACUAGACUCCGCCGGACCCCAAUUUGAGUUCCAUCACCACGACUCCAAGGUUGGCACGUCGCAAUAGCGGAUGAAGCCGCGCGCGUUCAUGGGAAAACCAACUCAACCAUUCGCGACCUCUUCCAAUCGGCUCUCCGGAGGUCUUGCAUCUGAUAUAUGAUGCGGCGCUCAAACCCCGUGCUUGACAAGGUCCAGCUACCUAGUUCGCAUCCGCCCCACGCACGCACGCACGAAUGGCAGCUGCAACUUGUGCCCGGUGUGGUUUUCUCUCCCGUACAGAUGCAAGCCCGAAUCUAAAGUCCGCCGCCUGUAAUCUAAGCUCAUGCUCUGGUUGCCGACUAGGAGUGCCGAUAUUGACUCCCGAAACGUGUCGGGAAUGGAGCGUGAUCUGCAUUCCUCCCCAGUUACGCCGAGUUGAGCCUAGUCGACAUGGAAGGCUGGACAAGGGCUGCUUGCGACCAAAGCCGUUGUCGACGAGUCUGGAGAGGGAGAGGCACAGAAGCUGGCGCAAUGUGAUGCUCUAUUCGGGAAGCUGCAGUUCUGGCAUCUGCUUAUCGGCACGGCUGCAAGAGAAGACUCGGUCAAAUAUUCGUGUCCGCUGCUGCAGUUACCUCGAAGCAGCUGCUGCUGCAGCGCGUAAACAUACAUCCAUCUCAUCACAUCGUCAAUCUUGCACCAUUGUUGCUUGUUCGCCAUCCCUGAGACUGGCAUCGUUGCAACGGUCGUAGCAGACCCAAAUUACCAUCUCAACACGUCAUCAGAGUGAGCAUCUUCCUCACUGGCUGGCAUGUCCCCCGAUGUGGGAGUGGAAUGGAUCCGAUAACAUGGGCCGCGGUCCUGCAAGUGUUGCUUGGUGCUGCCUUGGUGCCGUUUCCCGAGCUCGCACCCGAUGCAGAUUGGAUGUGAAAAGAGGCGUCCGCUCUGGUGGAUGUCUACCCCGCGUUGUUUGGUGUGUGGGAUAACCCGUCUGGGGUAGCUAGGUGCCACGCCUCCACCCCCAAUCUGGGACAAGGGGGAAAGACAAGGGUCGCUAAUGAGAUAUCUAUCUCGCCAGCCUGGACCAGCCUACGGGAUUUCCAGCUGGCCCCCUUGAGACAGUGUUUUGUUGAGUCAGUCGUCUCGACAUUGAAAAGGGUCCUUCAUCCCCUGCCAGAUUCGCGAGUUUUCCUACCCCAGGAUACCUCUUCGACACAACGCCGAAGUCGACAUUUCGCUCACAAAGGCAUCCGGCUGAGCGACUCACCGCGUUCUCCUUUCAUCAUGAGUAACGAUAAGCCCACCGUCGAGAACAUCGACGACAUCAACGCCAAGAUGGCGCAAAGGUCCUCGUACGACGCGAAGCUUGACCCGGAAAAGCACACCGAGCAGUCUCUUGCGUACGACCCGACCGUAGAGAGAAAGCUUAGGCUAAAGAUCGAUCUCAUGAUUGUGCCAACGGUCGCUCUGCUUUACCUCUUCUGCUUCAUUGACAGAGCCAACAUUGGCAACGCUCGCAUUGCAGGUCUCGAGAAGGACCUCGGCAUGGCAGGCUACGACUACAAUGGAACCCUCAGUGUCUUCUACAUCAGCUACAUUCUCUUCGAAAUCCCCGCCAACAUCCUCUGCAAGGUCAUGGGGCCUGGAUGGUUCCUCCCCCUUACCACCUUGCUCUUCGGCAUCUGCUCAGUCGGCACCGCUUUCGUUCACACCGUACCCCAGCUCAUGGCAGUCCGAUUUCUCCUCGGCAUCUUUGAGGCUGGCAUGUUGCCAGGUAUCGCCUACUACCUGUCCCGUUGGUACCGACGAUCCGAACUCGCCUUCCGCCUCAGCUUGUACAUUGUUAUGGCGCCUUUGGCUGGAGCUUUCGGCGGUCUCUUGGCUUCUGCAAUUCUUCGCCUCGAUGGAUUCGGAAGCAUCCAUACAUGGCGCAUGAUCUUUGCCAUCGAAGGAAUCAUCACAAUUGGGCUGGCACUCAUCGGCUUCAUUACCCUUACCGACCGCCCCGCCUCCGCUCGCUGGCUCACUGAGGCUGAAAAGGAUCUCGCUGAGACCCGUGUUCGCUCCGAGCGUGUUGGUCAGACUCAAGUUCUCGACAAGAUGGACACCAAGAAACUCCGUCGGGGAAUUUUCGCACCUGUUACGUUGGCAACAUCGUUUGUCUUCCUUCUGAACAACGUCACUGUCCAAGGUCUCGCUUUCUUCCUGCCGACGAUCGUCAGGGGUAUCUACCCCACGGCGACUGUCCAGCGCCAACAACUCUUCACCGUCCCUCCCUAUGUUGUCGGAGCCUUCUUCACCGUCCUACUGCCACUGCUCAGCUGGCGCCUCGACCGUCGACAGAUCUUCUUCAUGAUGUCCGCACCGCUAGCAAUGAUCGGCUAUAUCAUGUUCCUGGCUUCAAAGGACCUCUCGGUGCGCUACGGUGCCACCUUCCUCAUCACAUCAGCCGUCUUCGCCCUCGGCGCCCUCACGAACGCCCAGGUCGCCGCGAACGUUGUGUCCGACACGGCGCGCAGCGCAGCGAUUGGAACAAACGUCAUGUUUGGCAACGUGGGAGGCCUCAUUUCAACUUGGGCUUUCUUGCCAUGGGACGCACCCAACUACCCAAUCGGCAACGGAUUGAACCUGGCGACCUGCAGUAUGAUUUUGAUCACUUCGACUCUCACGUUGUUCUGGAUGAAGCGAGACAACCGUAAACGCGAGGCCCGAAACGUCGAGGCCGAGUUGCAGGGCUUGUCGAGACAAGAAGAGAGUGAUUUGGAUUGGAAGCACCCUGCGUUCAGGUGGAAGCCCUAAAUGGCUCCAGCAAGGGAGAAAUAUUUGCUUGAGGGAUUUAGCCAUACAAUGCGACAAAAUCAUUGUCGAAUUGAUAAUACCAUUACAUGACAUGACGUGUAUUUUUUCAUACGAAUCUGACUGUUUCUGUUCCCAUUUGAUGGUGUAUCAAAGAUAUCUUGAAG